GACAUGGCAAUCACAAAAGAGAGAAGAAGCUUGUUUGUUUCAAUGAUGAUGGUGUUGUUCUUCCUCUUCAACGUUCACCAUCUUCAAGUCAUGGGUUGUCCCAAUAAUAAUGAUCAGGGGGCGACCAACUGUACAGAUCAGGACAGAAAACUGUUGGAGUUUCCUUUGAAUUUGGAGUACUUUGAAGCUGAGUUUUUCUUGUUCGGAGCGUUAGGGUUUGGUCUUGAUAAGGUCGCACCAAACCUAACAAUGGGAGGUCCAAGCCCUCUUGGAGCUCAAAAAGCUAAUCUUGAUCCUUUGACAAGAGAUGUUAUUUUGCAGUUUGCUUGGCAAGAGGUUGGCCACUUGAGGGCGAUCAAGAAAACGGUGAAAGGGUUUCCAAGGCCACAACUUGAUUUGAGUAUAAAAUCAUUUGCGAAAGUGAUGGAUAAAGCAUUUGGAGUAAAAUUUAAGCCACCAUAAAACAAAAUUUUUUUGAGCCGACUCCUCAUUGCUUCAUACUUGAUCCCUUAUGUUGGUCUCACCGGCUACGUUGGCGCUAAUCCUAAACUGCAAUGUCCGGAAUCAAGAAAGCUAGUAGCAGGGCUUUUGGGAGUAGAAUCGGGUCAAGACGCGGUUAUAAGAACAAUGUUAUAUGCUCGAGCGGGACAUAUAGUCUAUCCUUAUGGUAUCACGGUUGCGGCUUUCACGGAUAAGAUCUCGAAUUUAAGGAACAAAUUGGGAAAAGCAGGAGUGAAGGAUGAGGGAUUGAUCGUACCUAAAGUCAUGGGAGCAGAAGGACAAGUGAAUGGGAAUGUAUUGGUGGGUAAUGAGUUGUCGCUUGCGUAUGAUAGAACACCUGAGGAGAUUCUAAGGAUUGUGUAUGGAAGUGGAAAUGAAAGUGUUCCUGGUGGCUUUUACCCUAAAGGAGCUGAUGGGGAAAUUGCUAAGUCUUAUUUGGUUACUACUACUGCGAGUGAGGUCUAGUUUCAGUUUGGAGUUGAAUUUUCUUUGUAGUUCUUAGGUUUUUGGUUAUAUAUAGGAGGCUAAACAAAAUAAUUAUGGUAUUAAUGUAAUAAAAUGUUGGUGAGAGUGAAAUUUCCAUAAUCGAAAAGAGAUGGUUGAAAAUGUAUGAAAAUUAUAUACUAUAGUUUUAGCCUAAAUUAG